UGUCCACACUGCAAUCUAAAAUUAAACAAGAACAAUUAUAAAACACAUGUGCCUCGCAAGCACACAGCAUAUUUUGAAACGGUCUCCAAGGAAAGACAUCUGCAAAGCCAGUGUAUUGAUGAACACAAUGGUGUGUUUGCAGUGGAGAAGACAUUUUCAGGCCCAGCAACACCAAUACACGUCAUUAAAAAUACUUGGGGACCAACACAUAAAGUCAUGUGCGAGGUUCAUCUAUGUGAACUCAAUGCUGACUUUGCCCGAAGAAGUGGUAUGCUGCCUUAUGAAUGUCAGCAUUUGCAAUCAUUGCUGUACUGCCCACCUGCACGCAACAAACCAUUAACUUUGCAAAAGGAAUCAUUGGCUACAAUGGUUCAGGAGAAAUGGUUUGGUGAGGAGCGCAAGGCCAGUCUUGUACAGUGGCAACAAGAGGCAGAGGCUAAGGGUGUGCCCCUGUCUGUCCUGCUCACUGUUGGUGGACCAGAAACCAAAUAUCACAUUUCUGUGUAUGAGCCUAAGGCUUCAUACUACAGUAGGCUGGGAAGGGUUGUGGUUGCAUACAACAGCAAGCAGAACAGCUGGCAUUGUUCUUGUGCUAAACCAAGACAAUCAUGCACCCGUAAAGCCAUCGGGAAAUGGCACCUCUUUGCCACAAGAAGACAACUGUUCAGGAAAGUUAAGUUGACGGAUAUUGAAGAAUCCAUUCCACCAAAUACUUUCACUGAGCAGGAUAGUGAACCAGGAGAGGACCAUUAUCCACCUAGUGAGAUUGGCAUCAAGCGGAUGCUAAACUACCUAUCGGGUAAUAAAAAAGUUCCAGCGGAACUCCCACAGGCUACCAUCCAGCAGUCAAGAGAUGCCGGUGCACUAGAUGCUCAUCUGAAGCACCUCAUCCCUAAAGAAGCCAAGUGUAAGGAAUGAAUGGAAAUGGAAAGCAGGAUUCUCACAACCACAGGGGUGGCGGAAGGCAUAUCCACCUACCGAAAAAAAUGUUUGAAUUGCAGCCUGAUGUACAGGUACCAGGAGUGGGAGGAUGGGCUCCACAAUUAUGAUGACCACGUAAUCCUUUCUCUGCAUUUGUGCCUGACAAUUAGGAAUGCAUUACAGACACAUACUGCCGUCAGCAGAGUUAUUGAAAUGAUUGAGACAACAGAGAAAGUGUCUUUCCCGAACAAGGAAAGGGUUCUCCAUGCCUAUCUACAUUUUGAGGCCCUUACUGACCAUGAUCACAUUUAUGCAUGUGAAACAUGUGGAUACCAUCCACCUGUUGUUGUGAUGGACCUUCACAAGAAAGGUGUCUUUAAUAUGCCAGUCAGUGAAAUUCAGAGACCAUCCCAAGACUAUGAUGGACAUGUGGACCUCAAGAAAUUCUGGGAUGCUGUGGCUGUGGAAAUGCUCAGUCGGGGUUUCAUUCCAUAUGGUAAGAAGAACCCCUUUGUUGUGCCUCUGAGUUACAACAACUGGGCACCAUGGAUCGGGCCACAAACCAGGCAGUCUGACCUCAUCCUGAACACUGAAUUUGAAAAGAUCCCUACAGCUACAAUGUCAGAUGACAGUGAGUACCUGGAGGUCACUGAGGAGCGGCUUUCUGAUGAGAUCAUCAACUUGAAGGUAGAGGAAGUAAGGGCACUCAACAAAAAAUGUGGUCUGGACACCAAAGGCUCCAAGACAGAUCUUGUCCUCAGACUUAGAGAUAAGAUGUCAAAUAUGAGUACUUAUAACAAAGUCUUUGAGAAAGUUUGGGGUGCCUCAGGUGGCUGGGCUGUGAUUACUUGCCCAUGUGGGGUUGUCUAUUCAGUUAAAUGUAACCUCAGAGCAGAGAGCCCACGGGAUUAUGUGGAUCUUUUGCUGUCGUGGAAACACUUUCCCAAUGUCACUGUGUAUGACUAUUCAAGGGGAGUGGCGGUGCUUGGUAACCGUCGACAGCCAGAGACAUUUCAUCCUUUUCAAGGACGGUUAAUGGAGCCUACUCCGGAGAACAUGAAGCAGGCUUCAGAGGGCAAGCUUCAUGUGAAUAUGCCAUGGUUGAAACACACCAAAGUUCCAACAGAUGAAAAUGGCCAUCCUCUCACUGGUUCUUCGGAGCAUUAUGCACUGAGUGAUGUAUUCCACCAGGGGAACAGCAAAGAUGAAAGGGAUGUUCUAAGAAGGAUAGAGCUUGUGCCAGAGCUGGCGGGGCGCAUAAACAGUCAAUGUGCGGAACAACUGUUCUCAGGAAUGAGGGAAAAAAAUUACUUUUUGAACAUGACAACACCAUUAACACACAUAUUUCUGCAAAGAAAUAUACUACACCACUAUGUGACAAAAAACAACAAAGCUAAAGAGCAAUACAGAAAAAUCAUCCCAGCAGAUAUGGAAAUGCAGCUUGAUGUCAAUGGGAGGAUAUCAUUAGAUAUCUACUAA